UUUAGCAACAAAAUUUUCCACCAUGCCUGAAUCUGCAUCUAAGAACAAGAUCAUGUAUCCAACAGUUCGUCAUUGGCUGAAGCCACAUAGGAAUUACUUGGCUCUAUUUACAGCUGCACAACAUGUGAUUAAGAUCAGAUUAGGCAAAGUAAUCCAGGGUUUAUUAAAUCCUUAAUCAUGAUUACGUAGCCAAAGAUGUGAUAAAGUUCCUCACUUUUCCCCCAACUUUAUACCCUUCCAUUAGUAUUAAACGCACAUCUCCAUACACCACUUGACUUGACCCCCUUGAAACCCUACAAAAUGCUGGAUAGGCAUUUUGCACAUCCCCAUACCCAUACCCUCUAUUUUCCAUACAAAAAGAAGGGAAUUUAAACCCAACAGCUUCCCAACAGGUCUUCAUACUAUUCUCGAUCAAAAUCACUUAACUUCAUAGUUCUGAUGGGAUCCGGUGAGUUGGUGCGAUUGCUUCCGUUCCUGUACUCUGAGCUGGGUGUGUCACCUUUCUUAUGUGCAUAAUUGAGAGAAGAAUUCUGGUCGUUUUUUACUCUUCUCUGGGCUCUUGACAAGUAUGAGUUUUAGUGACGAAUCCGUAAGUCCGUCAAGCUGUUCUUCGAUCCACUCAGCCAGGAGGCCCAGGACCAGCUAAAAAAGGGUUCUCUGAUUCGGAUAACAUCCACUCACAUAAACAAAAGAAAAAUAUGCUCUUUCCAUGUCCUUUUCUAGCUGGAAUCUUCACAACAGUUCGGUGACUUAAACAACAACAAAAACCCUUUCCUGUUCUUCCCAAAAAUCCCUCCACUUCCUCUGGUCUUUUUACUUUCUUCCAUUUCUUCAACCAUGCAUCGACAUCUCCUCGGAACAGCGCUGAACACGGCGGCGCGGUCGUCCAAUGGGAACAGAACCGCCGAUUCUUACAUUAACGAGGCCAACUUCGACACCAACAUGGUGAUCAUAUUGGCAGCCUUGCUGUGUGCUCUGAUAUGCGCACUUGGUCUCAACUCGAUCGUCCGCUGCGCCCUCCGCUGCAGCCAUAGGUUCGCUCUCGAGACGCCAGAGCAGGCGGCAGCGCGGUUGGCCGCCACCGGCUUGAAGAAGAGCCAUUUGAGGCAAAUCCCAAUUGCGGUGUACGGUUCCGGCGUGAAUAUUCCGGCCACCGAAUGCCCAAUCUGUCUUACGGAGUUCGAAGACGGAGAAAAAGUUCGAGUCUUGCCGAAAUGCAAUCACGGAUUCCAUGUGAGGUGCAUAGACACGUGGUUUCUGUCGCACUCCUCGUGUCCGAAUUGUCGGCACUCGCUGCUGAGUACGAGUUCCACUGCCCCCGCCGCCGCAGCUGCCGUUGCUGCAGAUUCAAGUGGAGAAGCUGCGGCGGCGGAGGAGUCACCGGCAGCGGCCAAUGAGUCCAGCCAGCAAGGUGGCAGAGUAGUGGUAGUGGUCGAGCAGGGUAGUUAAUUUUGCCAAUUGGCCAAAAGUCACAAAAUUUUAUUGUUUUAUGAAAUUCUUGAUCUAAUUUUGUGGAGGCCAAUUAGCAAUUAGGGAAUGAUGGGAGUUUUUACUUUUAUUUAUUUUGUAGAUUAUAUAUUAUAUGGAGCAGUAUGAGAUCAGAUCACUACGAUGAACAAUGUCUUCUGGUGUACUUCGCUGGUCAGAUGUAUAUUUCAGUAGAUAAUUAAUCAAAAAUCAAAUGAAAACCAA